AUGGCCAUGGCGGGCCGCUGCGCUCUGGCCCUACUCGCUGCUUCCGCUGCUGCACAACUCUGCAAGGAUCAGGGUUGCAUCCCGGUGUUCAGGAGCGGUGCACGGUGCCAGUGCUUCCCGGGCUGUGAUCGCUACGAAGACUGUUGCUCGGACUACCGCACCGAAUGUUUCGACUCGCAAGGCGCCUUUCGGACAACGGUGGUCGUUGAGGGAGGCUUCGAGUCGCAGACCGAGACCACUUCACGGCCACCGCGUCGGCCACCGCGUCCGCAGCAGAAGCCCACGGACUCGAAGCCAUCUCACAGCGAAAGCUGUGCGACUCGCGGCUGCAGCAGCGACUUCGAUCCCGAACGGCCCUGUCAGUGCAACUCUGAUUGUACUCUCCAUGACAGUUGCUGCCACGACUUCGCAGAGUCUUGUGGCACGAAGGGCGCUGAGAGCGCCGACACACGAUCUUGCAGGGCCUAUGGCUGCGGGGAGCUUUAUGUGAAAGGUCAGAACUGCCAGUGCAAUCCCUCUUGCACGCGGCACGAUGAUUGCUGUCCGGACUACAGCGCUGUCUGCCCACAUCAAGCGAGUGGUGGCUCUUGCAAGAGCUAUGGCUGCAAGGAGCUCUAUGUGGACGGUCAGAGAUGCCAGUGCAAUCCAUCUUGCAUGCAACAUGACGACUGCUGUCCGGACUACCGUUCUGUUUGCCCGCAUCAAGCGAGCGGUGGCUCUUGCAAGAGCUAUGGCUGUGGAGCUUUCGAUCCGGCGCAGAACUGCCAGUGCAACGAAGCAUGCCUGGAUCAUGGCAGCUGCUGCAGCGACUACCGGGCAAGCUGUGCUGCCGGCACCGGAGUUGCUACUGCUUCUUCCGGCUCGGGGAAGGCAUCCUGUGCGGCUUAUGGCUGUGGGCCAUUCGAUGCUGACAAUGACUGUCAGUGCGACUCCGAGUGUUUGCGGCACAAGAACUGCUGCCCGGACUUCGCGGCACACUGCUCUUCCAGCCCGAUCCGAGCCCCGCAACCCGGGCCGGGCUCGUGUGCAGAGCUGGGCUGCGACUCCUUCAGCCCAGCCGCAAUGUGCCAGUGCAACGACGAAUGUGCCAGGAGGGGAGACUGCUGCGCCGACUACGAGGCAACUUGCCACCUCCCGAAGGAGCCACUCGGCAGCUGUGCCAUUUUCGGCUGCAUUGGCUUCAGGCAGGGUAACGACUGUCAAUGCGACCCGGGGUGCCAGAAGCAUGGGAACUGCUGCGGCGACUACUCUGCCCGUUGCAGCAUGCAUUCUGAGAAGAUGCACGGGACUAUUCUGCAGUGA